AUGAAAGCAGUUCCUAUCGACUCGAUAACAGUCAAAGCUUUCCGGAAUGACUCGGUCAAAAUCCAAUGCACUGACUCUGAAAUGUUCAGAAUUGUACAAAAAUAUUUUAAGAACACUGAAACUGAAUUUUUCACGUUUCCAAGUCCCGAAGAAAAAACACUCAGAGUCGUAAUCAGAGGCUUGCCUACUGAUUACUCUGACAUCGAACUCACCGAAAAACUUGUAUCCAAAGGAUACGAAAUCUCUGCAGUCCGUCAAUUUGUUAAUGCCGGCAAAAAAUUGCCCCUUCAUAUGGUCUCCUUACCAAACAACCCUGCCAGCAAGUCGAUAUUUAGGGAAUCUUCAUUCUUUUAUAUCUCAGUUAAGGUAGAAGCCUACAAAGCGACAAACCUAGCCCAGUGCUUUAAAUGCCAACGAUUUGGUCAUUCCAGCAUCUACUGUGGGUUCACCCCAAGAUGCGUGAAAUGUGCUAGAUCCCACCUGGCAAAAGACUGCCCCAAGACCCUAGAACAGACUCCCAAAUGCAUUAAUUAUGAAGGCCCUCACACAGCCAACUACAAACAAUGUCCAGAAUUCUUAAAGACUAAAGCCGCUAAGCAAGCAUCUCUACCCACGUUCAAUCAACAACGCGUUCAACCAACUAUUUGUCAACCUCCAGCAACCAUCACUCCUCCAUCUAAUGAAGAUGCUCUAAUCCGCCCUCAAUCAUACGCAACUGUAGUUGGCCCUAAGCCUUCAAAAUUAUCAAGCCAGUCUGUCAAUCCAGAAGCCAUCCAAUUGCUCACCAAUCUGCUGUCAGAGCUCACAGCCAGCUCCGCCAACAUCAGAGACGUUCUCAUCUCUACUCUAAUUGCUCUUAUCCCCCUUCUCCUAUCACACAAUGUCUAA